AUGUCAUAUCUGAUUUGGUUUAGCAGUCAUAAUAAAUAUGACGAAUUAAAAAUACUUGAAUUAAAAUCGUUGCUAGAAACUUUUGGUUAUUAUUGUAACAUAUCCUUAAAUGGGGAGGAAUUAAAUUUAAAAAAAAAUAAAUAUGCGGGAGAAACAUAUAUAAAAAUAAAUAAACUAAAGGAAAAUAUUUCAAUUGAAAAUAUAUGGGAAAAUGUCUUAUCAAGAAGUAUUUUAAUAAAAGGUGUUGUUGAAAUAUGGGGGGAAGGGGAAACGUAUGAUGAACUAUUAGCAAAUUUAAAAGCAAAAAAUGAUUUAUUUGAAAGUACUUUAAAUAAUAAAAAAUGGUGUUUUCAUUUCCAUGCAUAUGGUAAAAUAAUAAAUCAAGAAGAAAAGGUAAAAAAAAUGGAUAUGUUUAAUAUUUAUGUAGAAAAAUAUAAAAAUAUAGAUAUAUUAAAUCCACAUGUUCAAUUAGCCAUAUUUGAAGAAUAUGAUAAAGAAUCUAAAGGAAUUUUAAAUAAAAUUUAUUUUGGUAAAUGUAUUGCUCUGAGGAAGUUUAAUCCAUUAUUAAUUUAUAAUAAAGAUAAAAAUGAACAUGCUUGUAGUAGUUAUAAAAAAGAAUGCGAUAAUUGUAACAAUGAUGUUAAUGAAAAAAAAAAAAUUGAAAAUAACAAUAGGAAAACAUGGUGGGCCCAUUAUGCUCUAAAUAAAAGGCGUAUAUUAGGACCAACUACAACUGAUAAUGAAUUAGCUUUUAUUAUGUGUAAUAUUGCAAAAAUAAAAAAAGGAGAUAUAGUAUUAGAUCCUUUUGUUGGUUCAGGAGGAUUACUAAUUGCAUCUUCUGUUUUUAAUGCAAUAUGUAUAGGUAAUGAUAUCGACAUAAGAUUAUUAAAAGGUUAUAAAUUAUCUUAUUUAAACCCUCACAUGAAACAUAAAAGUAAUAAAAAAACAAUAUUUGAAAAUUUUAAACAAUAUAAUCUAAACAGUCCAGAAAUAUUAGUAUCUGAUAAUUCUAAUCCUGUUUGGAACUUUUUUCAUAAACCAUGGAUUGAUGCUAUAGUAACAGACCCCCCAUAUGGAAAUAGAGCAACUGUUCGUAUGUCUAUAAAAACAGAAAACCCCAAAAAAACGAAUAAAAUCGAAAAUGAAAAUUCCAGGAAUAUAACUAAUGACAGUAUUUCUAAUAAUUAUGGAGAUGCUCUCCAAAAUAAUAGUAACUAUAUUGGGAAUUCAGAAGCUAAUGAUAAUAUUAUUGUUUCUAAUUCUAUUAGUGAACCUAGUAAUAAUGAUAAAUUGAGCAAAGCAAAAUCAUUAAUAAAUACUAAAACAGUUACCUAUUCUUGCGCCUUAGCUGUAAAAGAUCUUCUAACUAUCGCCUCGAAAACACUUGUUGACAAUGGUAUGCUUGUUUUUUUAUUUCCAGUGCAAUUUGAAACAAUGCAAGAAGAAAUGGAAAUACUAAAACAUGAGGAUUUUUAUUUAAUAUCAUAUGGUAUGCAAGAGUUUACCGAUUACUCUGGUAGGCUCAUAGUUGCAAUGCAAAGGAAACCUAGAAUUUAUUAA